AUGGAGAUCGAACUCGACAAGCGUGACAAGCGUCCGGAGGAUGUCCCGCAGGAGGACAUCGGCAAGAUGGAGGUGGUCGACGACGCCGAGAUGGAGCAGUUCUACGGCUCGUCGACGACCGACGCCUACCGUCUCAAGUCGGAGCUCAUCUCGCAGUGCAUGGCGGAUAUCGGGAUGGGAAGAUACCAGUGGAAGCUAUUCGUCGUCGCCGGGUUCGGCUGGGUGGUGGACAACUUCUGCUCGCAGGGGAUAUCCGCCGUCCAGCCGCCGAUCCAGCAGGAGUUUAGCGGCAUCAAGCAGGUCAGCUACAGCUCGGUAGCGUACUACGUCGGCAUGAUCCUGGGCGCCUCGUUCUGGGGUAUAUCCUCCGACCUGAUCGGCCGCAAGCCUGCCUUCAACUCGACGCUAGCGAUCGCCGGAAUCUUCCUGUGCGGUGCGGCCGGGACGAUGAACUUUGUCGCGUUCAGUGCUCUCUGGGCGGUAAUCGGGACGGCGGCGGGUGGUAACGUCGUGACCGAUUCGAUGAUCUUCCUCGAGUUCGUCCCCGGCAGCCACCAGUACCUCCUAACCGCACUCAGCGGCUGGUGGAAUCUCGGCCAGCUGAUCGUGUCGUUGCUGGCAUGGGUCUUCCUGGCAAACUUCAGCUGCCCUACCGACGCCACACCAGAGACCUGUUCCCGCGCCGACAACAUGGGCUGGCGAUACACCCUCAUCACGCUCGGCGCCCUCUCGCUAGCCUUCACAUUCAUCCGCAUCUUCGUGUUCAAAAUGCCCGAGACACCGCGCUACCUGCUCUCGCAAGGCAAAGACCAAGCCGCCGUCGACGCAGUCAACUACGUCGCGCGGCAAAACGGCAAGCCAGAGCCAUUGACCUUAUCAAUGCUGCAAGCCAUCGACGUCCGACUGGGCCUCACACCAUCCACCGAAGGCCUGUCGACGCGGGAGAUCCUCAAAGAAAACAUGAAGGAGUUCCGGGGCUCGCACUACAAGGCGCUCUUCGCAACGCGGAAACUGUCCCGGCACACGGCGCUGAUCUGGGCCGUCUGGCUGAUCAUCGGCAUCGCAUACCCGUUAUACUUCAACUUCCUCCCCUCGUACCUCUCCACGCGCUUCAGCCAGAACUCCUCUUUGGACCUCACCUACCGCAACUACUGCAUCCAGUCGGCAGUCGGCGUAGUGGGCCCGAUUUCCGCCGCGGUAUUGGUAAACACAUUUCUCGGGCGGCGGUGGAUGAUGGGGAUCUCGUCGAUCGUAACGGGCGUGUUCCUGUUCGCGUACGUGGGCGUCAAGACGCCGAGCGCGAGUCUUGCGUUCUCGUGUGUGACGGGGUUAUUGGGGAAUUUUGAAUAUGCGGUGAUGUACGCCUUCACGCCGGAGUCCUUCCCCGCCCCGCACAGAGGCACGGCAACGGGGACGGCGGCGAGCUUGCUCCGUUUCGGCGGGCUGGUGGCGAGUCUGGUUGCGAGUGAGACGGGGUUCACGACGGCGCCGAUAUACGCGAGUGCGGCGCUUUGGGUGGGAGUGGGGGUGGUGUGUUUUGGGUUGCCGUUUGAGACGCAUGGGCAUUCGGCGAUUUAG